AUGGCAGCAUCCAAGCCGAAUGCGAAUGCGAGGGUGCGCUUCAGCACGUCUGAUGACCUCGCUCUUCUACCAACUGUACUUUUGUUUGCAUACCAUACAUCACUUUUAGGUGGAGCCAGCACAGCUAGUUGCACCCUGCAAGAAAUUUAUUGUGCCCCUGAAGACAUUCAGUGGGUGGACCUAUCAGAACCACCAGAGGAAAACAGCAUCAAUGAAAUAGCAGCGUUCUCACAGGACGAGGCUACUUCGAGAGCAGUACCGAACAUCGAAGGUGAUACAGCACCUGAACUGCCAAGGCGGCAUGUGGCUCGCAGAAAGCGGGGGCAAAUCUCAACAGCCGACCACGCCUUCCUGGAAAAACGAUGGAAGCAUGAGCAGGCGCUGAAGGACAAAGAGGUUGCGCUCGAGGAAAAGAGGAUUGACUUGGAACGGUACAGGCUGGCCCUCGAAAGAAAGCGCCUGCAGCGAGAAUCUGAGAUCCGCAUGGAGGAGCUCAGAGUGAGGGAGGAUGACCGAAGGGAAAGAGAAGAGCAGCGGCGCACAAAUGCUGCGCCCCAAAGUGCUCUUCUGGAAAGUGUGAACAAAUUAUUCGACAGAUUGAAGAAGGAGUGA